ACCCAAAAAAAAACUAAAACAACUAUUAAAGAGAUGACCAUGUGAAAAUCACGCAAGUCUAGCAUGAUAAGCGUGAGAGGUCUCAUCGCGGUUAUGCUGAAGAGUGCAUUGCUGGUCGCCUUCCUGAACAUCCCGCGCCAAGUUGCCUCUCUAACAGGAUUCAAAAGCUGGUCUAGGAGGGUUCUAUACCACAAAGUCGACCUCUGCACUCAAGCCUGCUACAGCCAGAUAAUCCCUGGUCUAUAUCUGAGCAAUGCGAGAGCAGCCUGCGACCGCAAUGUACUUAAACAACUCAAAAUCACGCACUUACUCACUGUUGAGACGCAUCGCUUACCGAAAUCCACCUUUGUCAACAACAACAUCAGCUAUCUCUUUAUUAGGGCCAACGACACCCCUAGCACCAAUUUACUCUCCUAUUUUCCAAUGGCCAACUCGUUCAUCGAAGAGGGGCUGCAGAAGGGAAACGUGCUCGUCCAUUGCCACUUUGGAGUAUCCAGAUCCGCCACCCUGGUCAUUGCUUACAUCAUGGAAAAAUAUCAAAUGAGCUUCGAAAAGGCGUAUCAUUUUGUGCGCCAGAAGAGGCGGUUCAUCAAUCCCAAUCCAGGCUUCGUAGCUCAAUUGAAAGAGUACCAGAGGCUUAACUAUGAUGUAAACGGUUUCCACAAGUUUGAGGCUUUUGUGAAUGUGAAGGCGAGGAAACAUAGAUACAAGAUUGCUUCUAUCGCAGCAGUUGUUGUAGGAUUGCUGGUGCCGCUAGCUGUAUUGGGUGGUUAGCCGUUUGCAACUCUUAUUAUAGUUACUACAUUUUUCAAGUGUUCUAAAAAUUGCGAUAUUAUGAGAUAUUAACAUUGGUGAGGUGAUCUACAUCCGCCAAAACCCCAGCAAUGUGGCCGCAGCGUUAAAUAAAAACCACUUGAUUCACUAACAGUCUGAAAUCGGCCGUGAAAUCAUAGCACCCACUAAAAACAGUUUAUUAUAAAUAACGUUCACCUCCACGCGAUAUUCAGAAGGAUGA